AUGGCACCGCGGACAAGCAGCCGCGGCGCCAAACGCGCCGCAAGGCCCAAGGGGCAGCGGCUCGAGCAACGCCGCCAACUGGAACAGCGAUACUCAACCGUGCUGGCAAACCAGCCCGCCGCACAGAUUCUGUUGCCGAACCCACACGACAGGAGCACAAGCGCGGCCCACUGGCGACUCGAGAUUUGGCGAGCAACACGCCUGCUGGACCUGCUCCAAGAGCCCGACCACGCCCGGCUACAAGAAGCCCUCAACACGGCAUAUGCCGACAGCUUCCAGGACGAAGACGGGUACCUGAGACAAGACAUGCCCAAGACUGCGUCGCCGGAACUGGACAGCACCGCAUGGGUCGAGGCCUUCCUCGAGCGGCUCCACGCGAUGGUCGUAAUAACUCGGAUGAAGGACAAGAUCGAGCAGCUCAGCACGCCGGAAAGCCAAGAUCACCCAUGGGAGGCGCGCGUACAACAUCGCCAGACAGCGCUCCAUCGCUUGUUCCAGGCACAUGCCACGCCAGUCCACCUUCACGACCCAUUCCAACGCCUCUUACCCCCACCCGAAGACGAGUCCAUCAGCAAGCGCGCCUGGGAGGACAGGCUGUUCGCCGUUCGACAGCUACUCCGACGCGUGCCUCAGGGAGACCGCAUUGGAUCGCACAGUUUCGUGCUGCACCACUUCGACACAGUGCUACGACGGGAUCCCAGGCUGCACAAGGCGCUACCGCAACCAGAGACCGCCACAGACACGAGGAUGGAUGCAUGGCAACACGCCUUCCUCAGCGCAGUGGAGGACAUUAUCACAGCCAACCAAAGUGCGGCUCAAGAGAACCCAAAUCGACGGGGAGCACACGCAAGCAACGUCCCACGUGCCGACCCCGCCAUCGGCCAUGCCACAGCCCCAAAGAGCUAG